CAGUUUUGCCGUGACCUUCGCCUUGUGACUGUCUUUUGUGGUAUCCUUCGGCGAUACUCUCCGGCGAAAAGGACUUAAAACGAACGCAACUUUUGAGAGACACGGAAGCAAAGUUAGAUACGGGCAGAAUGGGACAUAAGAGAAUGCUGCUGCUGGUGGUCUCUGCGCUGGCGUGCCUCGCGGGCGUGGCGCGGGCCUCGGAGCCGCCCGUGAGCCCGUGGCAGGUGCUCAACCCGCCCCUCGAGGCGGAGAGCGACACCCUCGACCUCGACCCGCUCCAGAACACCUACCCGGAGGAGUACGAGUCCGACUCCAACGUCACCGCCUACGAGGACGAGGAGGAGGAGGAGGGGUACACGCACGUCCCUGAGCUGCCCUUCAAACUGCCCUUCAAGAUGGACAAGAAGCAGAUCGCCGUGGCCAUGAAGCUCCUGAAGGAGGCCGUGAAGCCCAUCCUGAAGAGCAAGGCCCUUCGCGAGGCCGUCGCCUACCUGGACGACUCCCUGAGCAGCUUCAACGGCGACAUCGAGACCCAGCUGUACCUCCGGCUCGUCCUCGACUCGGCGCAGGACAUCUACGAGGGCAAGGAGGCCGCGCAGAUCCACACGAUCCUGAAGGAGUAUAUCACCGACAUGAGUGAUGAGGAGACAGCUCGCACCAUCGACGACGUCUGGGACUACGUGUCUCCCGCCAUGGACGAGUGGUUCUACGCCCCCGUCAGGAAGUACCUGGUCGCCCCCGUCAGAGACUACGUGUACUACCCCUUCUCCAACGCCAUCAACGACUUCGCUGAUCGCAUCGGCAGAUUCAUGAACAACGGAUACGACUCCUCCUACGUCAGCGUCGAGUACCCGCAGUACCAGAGCAGAUGGAGCGACACCGUCAACAGGUUCACCAACAGGAUCUCCAGCUGGACCACCCAGGCGCGCCACAGCCUCGAGGUCGCCGCCAGAGUCCUAGACGCACAGGACGCCGUGUACGAGUCCAGGGCCUGCGGGGGCUCCUGCGGAAGCACCAGCCUGGACGAGACCCCAGCGAGCUCUCCGUGCAGUGACCACGAUCUUCAGUUCGAUGACGGAGACGCUUAUAACCAGUACUCAAAGAGCGAAUUUCUAUAAGCUUUCGUUCGGCGAGGAAAAAAAAAACGGAAAGGAAAAGGAA